AUGGGAAACAUAUCCAGUGGGCAAACGAAAAGGCCAUUGACACUGCUUGAGCUAAGCACAAAGAUUGGGGAGUACCGAACAAUAAAUGAGGGAGAUCCCGAGAUGGUCGAAGAUCCCGACUUCCCACGGAAAAUGAUGAACGAAGCAUUAAGCAAGAACAUAACGAUGGAUGGGAGCACUGUCCAAGGCACCUUCGUUUAUUACCCAAACAAAAUGAAGCCCAAGAUGUGGAUAGGGAACUACAACAUUUUGAACCCUGAAGAUAUUCUUUGCAGAAAUGUGGCCGAGAAAAUUGGGAUGACUGAAACUGAGUGGAAGAACUAUGUCCAAGCGAGGAAAAAGGAACAGGAGCAACCUGGCAAUGUCCAAAUCACCCCCAACUUCGAUUCUUCCCCAGGAGAACAAUCUAUGUCUUUAAAAGAAAUGAUGAAGAGAGGAACUGUCGCACCUUUUUAUAGCGAGAAUGGAGAAGAAUUUCCAUCAUACAGUGGACCCCCAAUUACCACUGACCCAGUUAUUUCUCAUAAAAAAUAUAAAGGAGAAAAAUAUCAGUACUUUGAUCAACAACCCCAUAGUAAUAGUUGCAUUGUGAAAGAUACUGGAUCUGACGAGGAUAUAUAUUACGAUAUGAAUAGCACAAGAGAAGGCGAAGGAGAACUUCUCUACAAAGUGGACAACGUAGCGACGGUGGAACAAGCACAUGUGCCGAACAAAUACAAAAGGGGUGAGAAAACUGGGGAAGAAAAACGAGAGCACGAAAGAAGAAAAUAUAUACAAAAAUUAAACAACGAAAUUAAAAAUAUAAAUGCAGAGCAAGAAAGGAUAAUUAAUGAAAAGCGAAAAGAUUUGUUCGCUUACUCAAAGUCCAACACACGUCAGCUCCAUCCUGCACAAAAUAGCGCAUCUUUUGGAAUGAAAAAUAUAAGGCGUUCAACAAAACAGGAUAUGAAAAAUAUUAUCACGGAACUAAUAAAUGAUAACAACAAAACAGGUACUUCCAAAAUGCAUUCUUUAAAGAAAAAGAAAAAGGAAACGUAUGUCGAUUUGUCCUCCAUGAGUACAAAGGGAAGUUUGGAAAUGAAAACAUCAUCUAUUGAUAAGGAUAUUUCAUUCAGUAAGAGGGUACACACGAAAAGAACCUUGGUGAAAUGA